CGUCUGUUUCUCUCUCUUAAGAUUUUCCGGCAAAAACAAGGAAAAAUAUGGGAGGCAGUUCGCCCUGUGCGUCGUGCAAACUCCUCCGGCGACGGUGCGCAAAAGAGUGCAUUUUUGCCCCAUAUUUCCCCUCCGAUGACCCCCACAAAUUUGCUAUUGUUCAUAAGGUUUUUGGUGCCAGCAAUGUCAGCAAAAUGUUGCAGGAACUGCCGGUGCAACAAAGAGGCGACGCCGUGAUGAGCCUAGUUUAUGAGGCAACUGCAAGAGUGAGGGACCCAGUUUAUGGUUGUGUAGGGGCAAUUUCGUACUUACAAAACCAAGUUUCUCAGCUUCAAAUGCAAUUAGCUGUUGCUCAAUCUGAGAUACUUUGCUUUCAAAUGCAACAAGACCACCUUGUUUUCCCAAAUUGCCCUCAGAUCUACUCCGACGAGAAACCGCCGUCUCUUCUACUCCCGCCGCCGUCUCCUCCGCGGUCUCAGUGCUUCAACUUUGCUUCCUCUUCCAAUGUAAUCUAUGACACCAUUUUUGGACAUGACAUUGUUUCUUAA